AUGGAGCCGUCCUCACCCCAGGAUGAGGGCCUGAGGAAGAAACAGCCCAAGAAACCUGUUCCUGAGAUUCUGCCGAGGCCACCCCGAGCCUUGUUCUGCUUGACUCUCCAGAACCCUCUAAGGAAGGCCUGCAUCAGCAUCGUGGAAUGGAAACCCUUUGAGACCAUCAUCUUGCUGACCAUCUUUGCCAACUGUGUGGCCCUGGCAGUGUACCUGCCCAUGCCUGAGGAUGAUAACAACACUCUGAACCUUGGCCUGGAGAAACUGGAAUACUUCUUCCUCAUCGUCUUCUCCAUUGAGGCCGCCAUGAAGAUUAUAGCCUAUGGCUUCCUAUUCCAUCAGGACGCUUACCUGCGCAGUGGCUGGAACGUGCUAGACUUCAUCAUUGUCUUUCUGGGUGUCUUCACUGUGAUUCUGGAACAAGUUAACAUUAUCCAGACCAACACGGCCCCCCUGAGCAGCAAAGGAGCCGGCUUGGAUGUGAAGGCCCUUCGAGCUUUCCGUGUGCUCAGACCGCUUCGGCUGGUGUCAGGGGUGCCCAGCCUUCAGGUGGUCCUCAACUCCAUCUUCAAGGCCAUGCUCCCCCUCUUCCACAUUGCCCUGCUCGUCCUCUUCAUGGUCAUCAUCUACGCCAUCAUUGGGCUGGAGCUCUUCAAGGGCAAGAUGCACAAAACCUGCUACUUCAUUGGGACAGACAUCGUGGCCACGGUGGAGAACGAGAAGCCAUCGCCCUGUGCUAGAACCGGCUCUGGGCGGCCCUGCACCAUCAAUGGCAGUGAGUGCCGAGGAGGCUGGCCGGGACCCAACCAUGGUAUCACCCACUUCGACAACUUCGGCUUCUCCAUGCUCACCGUGUACCAAUGCAUCUCCAUGGAGGGGUGGACCGAUGUCCUAUACUGGGUCAACGAUGCCAUCGGAAAUGAGUGGCCCUGGAUCUAUUUUGUCACCCUCAUUCUGUUGGGCUCCUUCUUUAUCCUCAACCUCGUGCUGGGCGUCCUGAGCGGGGAGUUCACGAAGGAGCGGGAGAAGGCCAAGUCCAGGGGAACCUUCCAGAAGCUCCGGGAGAAGCAGCAGCUAGAGGAGGACCUUCGAGGCUACAUGAGCUGGAUCACUCAGGGCGAGGUCAUGGACGUGGAGGACCUGAGAGAAGGCAAGCUGUCUUUGGAUGAAGGAGGCUCAGACACAGAGAGCUUGUAUGAAAUCGAGGGCUUGAACAAAAUCAUUCAGUUCAUUCGGCACUGGAGGCAGUGGAAUCGUGUCUUCCGCUGGAAGUGCCACGACCUGGUGAAAUCCAAGGUCUUCUAUUGGCUGGUGAUCCUGAUCGUCGCCCUCAACACCCUGUCUAUUGCCUCAGAGCACCAUAACCAGCCACUGUGGCUGACCCAUUUGCAAGAUAUCGCCAACCGUGUGCUGCUGGCCCUCUUCACCAUUGAGAUGCUGAUGAAGAUGUAUGGACUGGGCCUGCGCCAGUACUUCAUGUCCGUCUUCAACCGCUUCGACUGCUUCGUGGUGUGCAGCGGCAUCCUGGAGAUUCUGUUGGUGGAGUCGGGAGCCAUGGCGCCCCUGGGCAUCUCCGUGCUCCGCUGCAUCCGUCUCCUGAGGCUCUUCAAGAUCACCAAGUACUGGACAUCGCUGAGCAACCUGGUGGCGUCGCUGCUCAACUCCAUCCGCUCCAUCGCCUCUCUGCUGCUGCUUCUCUUCCUUUUCAUCAACAUCUUCGCCCUGCUGGGCAUGCAGCUCUUUGGAGGCAGGUUUGACUUCGAAGACACAGAAGUACGACGCAGCAACUUUGACAGCUUCCCCCAGGCCCUCAUCAGUGUCUUCCAGGUCCUGACAGGAGAAGACUGGAACUCUGUGAUGUACAAUGGCAUCAUGGCCUACGGAGGCCCCUCCUACCCCGGCGUGCUCGUGUGUAUUUACUUCAUCAUCCUUUUCGUCUGUGGCAACUACAUCCUGCUCAACGUCUUCCUGGCUAUCGCUGUGGACAACCUGGCAGAGGCGGAGAGUCUGACUUCUGCCCAGAAGGCCAAGGCGGAGGAGAGAAAGCGCAGGAAGAUGUCUAAGGGGCUCCCAGACAAGUCAGAAGAAGAGAAGUCCACGAUGGCUAAGAAGCUGGAGCAGAAGUUCAAGGGUGAAGGCAUCCCCACCACCGCCAAGCUGAAAAUUGAUGAGUUCGAAUCUAACGUCAAUGAGGUGAAAGACCCCUACCCUUCGGCUGACUUCCCAGGGGACGACGAGGAAGAUGAGCCUGAGAUCCCAAUAAGCCCCCGGCCACGCCCUCUGGCCGAGCUGCAGCUGAAAGAGAAAGCAGUGCCCAUUCCAGAGGCCAGCUCCUUCUUCAUCUUCAGCCCCACCAAUAAGAUCCGUGUCCUUUGUCACCGCAUUGUUAAUGCCACCUGGUUCACCAACUUCAUCCUGCUCUUCAUCCUGCUCAGUAGUGCUGCGCUGGCCGCUGAGGACCCCAUCCGGGCCGAGUCCAUGAGGAACCAGAUCCUUGAGUAUUUUGACUACGUGUUCACUGCGGUUUUCACUGUGGAGAUUGUCCUCAAGAUGACCACCUACGGAGCCUUCCUGCACAAAGGCUCCUUUUGCCGCAACUACUUCAACAUCCUGGACCUGCUGGUGGUGGCUGUGUCGCUCAUUUCUAUGGGCCUCGAGUCCAGCGCCAUCUCUGUGGUGAAGAUCCUGAGAGUUCUGAGGGUGCUGCGGCCGCUCCGAGCCAUCAACAGAGCCAAGGGAUUGAAGCACGUGGUACAGUGCGUGUUUGUCGCCAUCCGCACCAUCGGGAACAUCGUACUGGUCACCACCCUCCUGCAGUUCAUUUUUGCCUGCAUCGGAGUCCAGCUUUUCAAGGGAAAGUUCUACAGCUGUAAUGACUUAUCCAAGAUGACGGAGCAGGAGUGCAGGGGCUACUACUACAUCUACAAGGACGGAGACCCCACCCAGAUAGAGCUGCGUCCCCGCCAGUGGAUGCACAAUGACUUCCACUUCGACAAUGUGCUCUCGGCAAUGAUGUCACUCUUCACCGUCUCCACCUUCGAGGGGUGGCCUCAGCUACUGUACAAGGCCAUAGACUCCAAUGAGGAGGACGCAGGCCCCAUCUACAACAACCGGGUGGAGAUGGCCAUCUUCUUCAUCAUCUACAUCAUCCUCAUUGCCUUCUUCAUGAUGAACAUCUUCGUGGGCUUUGUCAUCGUCACCUUCCAGGAACAGGGGGAGACGGAGUAUAAGAACUGUGAGCUCGACAAGAACCAGCGCCAAUGUGUACAGUAUGCCCUGAAGGCCCGCCCACUGAGGUGUUACAUCCCCAAAAACCCAUACCAGUAUCAGGUGUGGUACGUCGUCACUUCCUCCUACUUUGAAUACCUGAUGUUUGCCCUCAUCAUGCUCAACACUAUCUGCCUAGGCAUGCAGCAUUACAACCAGUCGGAACAGAUGAACCACAUCUCAGACAUUCUCAACGUGGCCUUCACCAUCAUCUUCACCCUGGAGAUGGUCCUCAAGCUCAUUGCAUUCAAGCCCAGGGGCUAUUUUGGAGACCCUUGGAAUGUGUUUGACUUCCUGAUUGUCAUCGGCAGCAUCAUUGACGUCAUCCUGAGUGAGAUCGAUGACCCAGAUGAGAGCGCCCGCAUCUCCAGUGCCUUCUUCCGCCUGUUCCGGGUCAUGAGACUGAUCAAGCUGCUGAGCCGGGCAGAGGGUGUGCGCACCCUGCUGUGGACAUUCAUCAAGUCCUUCCAGGCCCUGCCGUAUGUGGCCUUGCUUAUUGUCAUGCUCUUCUUCAUCUAUGCAGUCAUCGGCAUGCAGAUGUUCGGGAAGAUCGCCAUGGUGGACGGGACACAGAUUAAUCGGAACAACAACUUCCAGACUUUCCCUCAAGCCGUGUUGCUGCUCUUCAGGUGUGCCACAGGAGAAGCCUGGCAAGAGAUCCUGCUGGCCUGCAGCUACGGGAAGCUGUGUGACCCGGAGUCAGACUACGCCCCGGGGGAGGAGUACACGUGUGGCACCAACUUUGCCUACUACUACUUCAUCAGCUUCUACAUGCUCUGCGCCUUCCUGAUCAUUAACCUCUUCGUGGCUGUCAUCAUGGACAAUUUUGACUACCUCACAAGGGACUGGUCCAUUCUGGGCCCUCACCACCUGGAUGAGUUCAAGGCCAUCUGGGCCGAGUAUGACCCAGAAGCUAAGGGCAGAAUCAAGCACCUGGAUGUGGUGACCCUGCUGAGGAGGAUCCAGCCCCCUCUGGGCUUCGGGAAGUUCUGCCCACACAGGGUGGCAUGUAAGAGGCUGGUGGGCAUGAACAUGCCCCUGAACAGCGACGGCACAGUCACCUUCAAUGCCACACUCUUUGCCCUGGUACGCACAGCCCUCAAGAUCAAGACAGAAGGCAACUUCGAACAAGCUAAUGAGGAGCUGAGAGCCAUCAUCAAAAAGAUCUGGAAAAGAACCAGCAUGAAGCUCCUGGACCAAGUCAUCCCUCCCAUAGGAGAUGACGAGGUGACGGUGGGGAAGUUCUACGCCACAUUCCUCAUCCAGGAACACUUCCGCAAGUUCAUGAAGCGCCAGGAGGAGUAUUAUGGGUAUCGACCCAAAAAGGACACGGUUCAAAUACAGGCUGGAUUGCGGACCAUAGAGGAAGAGGCAGCUCCUGAGAUCCACCGCGCCAUCUCAGGAGACCUGACAGCAGAGGAGGAACUGGAGAGAGCCAUGGUGGAGGCUGCCAUGGAGGAGGGGAUAUUCCGGAGAACCGGAGGCUUGUUUGGUCAAGUGGACAACUUCCUGGAAAGGACCAACUCCCUGCCCCCUGUCAUGGCCAACCAGAGACCCCUCCAGUUUGCUGAGAUAGAGAUGGAAGAAUUGGAGUCACCCGUCUUCUUGGAGGACUUCCCUCAUAACCCAGGCACCCAUCCUCUGGCUCGCGCCAAUACCAACAAUGCCAAUGCCAAUGUUGCCUGUGGCAACAGCAACCAUGGAAACAGUCCAGUGUUUUCCAGCAUCCGCUACGAAAGGGAAUUCCUGGAAGAGGCAGACGUACCUGCUCCCAGAGAAGGACCCUUCAGUCAGCCCUGCAGAGGCUCUGGACCUCACAGCAAGUUCCAUGAGGACAAAUUGAAAGGACUGGUGACCCAGAGAGGGAUGCCUGGAGGCCAGGUGCCUCCUUCCCCAUGCCAGCUCCUCCAGGCAGAGCCUCCUGUGCCGGAGGAGAGUAAGGGCUCCGUGCCAAGGUCCCUGGAAACACCCCACAGCAGGAACUUGGAGGAGAGCGUUCCCAGGAACUCAGCUCGCAGGUGCACAGCUCCAGCUACUGCCUUCCUGAUCCAGGAGGCUCUGGUUCAAGGAGGACUAGACUCCUUAGCAGCAGAUGCUAACUUCGUCAUGGCAACAGGCCAGGCCCUGGCGGAUGCCUGCCAGAUGGAGCCAGAGGAAGUAGAGGUGGCAGCAACCGAGCUACUGAAGCGAGAAUCCCCAGAGGGCAGGGCCAUGCCCUGGGAGGCUUGAGCCUCGGGUCCUCCCUGGGCAAGUCCAAACCAGCACCGGGAUUCUCAGAAUACACUUGUUUCUCCCAGGUGUGAGGCCUACCCAGAAUGCCACAGCUUAGAACUGCCAUGACCAAGGGCCAGGGGACGCUGGAAUGGAGAAGGGCUAGCCCAGCCCAGCAGCCUCCCCUCCCUCAGUAAGCCAGCUGUGUGGACUGAGCAGCAGUGGUCAGGAACCACCUCAACCAGGCAGGAGGCCAUAGAUGGGCAGGUCAGGCCCUUCUCCUCACCAGCCAGAAGCAGGAUUUGGCAGAGCUUCUGAUGUCAUGGGA